AUGGACGGAAUACAGUCGACAGAUCCCUUUCUAUGGGACGUUGGCCAGGUUGUAAAUGAGCUGUGUCACCUCAGUCGUCCUUGCACCCGCAACCCUGAGAUGUUGGCUGCAAAGCUCCUGGAGAAUGAAGUUGAUGGAUAUACACUUUUAACUUAUGACCUCGUUGCAUCCGCUAACUCACACGACUUGCGAAAUGAACUUUUCCGGACCCUUAAUGUCCAACUGGCUCGACAUAAAAAUGCGUUGGGAGAGGCUAUCAUGAAGCUGCGGGCGAGGAGCCCGGAAUUUCGCCACUGGAAAUUGGAUAACUUGGAAAAUGACGGCCACGAAGAACCCGACGUGCGUAGCCGUGGUCUGGACGGAUUGUAUUCUGCCCAGAUGACUCCUCAGUCCGAACUUUUCCUCCCAUGGACGGCCCCAAGGAACGAGCCUGACAAAGCUUCUUCUUCCACUUCUCUGCCACGCCAGACGGUGGAUCAGGGAUUCUCGUUACGCAAAGCCGGCCCGGACAAGCUCGGUACAGAUAGCGACAGGAUCCAUGACACGGACGUCGGCGCUGCUCCUACGAUGGAAUCGAUGUCGCGGCUCGGCGAGCUGUCGCCUGUCACUGACGCAAGCAGUCAUGUUAAGCAAUUGAAAAGAAAAAGAGUUGCUCCUGAGUUAAUUCGAGAAGAGCCUGUUCAUACGCUGGCAGCUCCGAUCGCAACUGAGGCCGAUUCAAUUUCUCGAGGUUCAUUGGACUCUUAUCCCUGGGAUACUGCUGAUGCGUUUGCAUAUCUUGGACCCGGAGCCAUUUCCAGUAGAGAGGUGAAAUCGCAUUCAAAGGGAUUAACUCUCCAGAUCCGAGGGGAGGGUGAUGCGCUUUGCACACCAGCACCCACUCGAUUCCCUCCUGGCAGACGGCUUGCUAUCAAUAGGAUUAUGAGACGUUUCUUGGUGGGAAAUGGCAGGAAAAUAGCUAUGGCGGAUGCUGGAUUGACACCCGACUCUUUGAGACAGCCAUCUACUGAAGAUGAUAAGAUCCUCGACCUAGAUGAUAUCCCAGAUGAAGUCGACGAGGAAACCCAGAGAGAGAUGGACGCUGAAAAAGCGGAACUAGAUCAGAUGACUGAAGACCUCGAGGGGAGGCAUGGCUCGAAAAGGCUGUCACAAGAUCGAGUGCGACAGCUUCUCGACCAAUCUGUUUCCGAAAUGGUGAAGGAGUGGACUGAGAAGAAAAGGCCAAAAUAUCAAAACAAAGCUAACGCAUUGUGGGUUGAUGCGUCAAGACGGGGCGCCAAGAGAGAUCGCAUUUUGAAGGCUAGGGAACAGGCCAAAUUCUAUGACGACAGAAUCAAAAAGUUGGAGAGAGGCAUUCUGAAACAAACUUGGGAAAAUGAGAGGCAGGUUCGAUUUCAGGCACGCUUGCUGGAGCAAAAUAUCGAAGACAAAAUUUACCAGUGUUGGCUAGCAGACACUCUGGAGUCUCGGUUCCCACCGCCCAAGUCAAGUUUGAUGCCUCAGCGUCCUGUUACGCAUCCAAAACCAAGGGAGUUAGAUCUAUCAGACGGAGAAAUCUUGACUAGUUCAGAUGAGGAAGCAUUCAUCGUUUACGAUGACGAACCUAUUACACCAAUCACACCGGUCAAGGCGGCUCGGCAUGCCAUUCCCAGCAGACUCAUUCGAACACCAAGUCCAAUUCUGAUCGAUUCUCCGGAUUAUAUUGAUCUUACUCUCAUCCCAUCUUCGCGAGCCUCGUCUCCCGUUCAGCUGCCGACGACCGAUGUUGCCCUGGCGGAUUUGGACACUCCUACGAAAGUGAGCCCUGACUGUACUCCAGAAGUCAAAAAAGAGCCUGGCGCGGACGAGUCAGUCCAGCAGCCACCAGCCUCGUCAUGGGCUGAAAAAUACAAGAAUAUCAAAAAUAUCGUCAGCUUUCCUACCAGCCACUGGACCAAGGAGAAAGAUCGGUUCGCCCUAGCAAUCACUCUGCUGUGGAAAUUGGGGCACUUGCGAAGAUCUGCGAUUUUUGAACACGUUCGAGCCUGUGAGGCGCAUGAGUCAUUCAAAGUUACAAUUCUGAGGCAUAUAUCUCAUCCUCUCAAAGACCUGGAUCGCCUGCGUAUCGCAAGCCCGGAAUCUUUGGCAUUCGAUGUCUCCAGGACGUUUCUGUGCUUUCUCAAAACAAAAAACCUCAAAGAGACUCGAUUAGCAGAUCUUAAGUCCUCGCAAAUCGCAAAACUCAAGGCAAAGGAGAACCACAGCUCCUGGAAGAUUUUUCAUGCAUUUGUUAGAGAAAUGGCACCACUCUUCCCUCAAGACAACCAAAUAUAUAGAGAGGAAGCAUUUGAUGAUGACGAGGUCCUUGGUGAUGAUGCCGGAGAGGACGAGGCGUCUUUGCUUGAGCAAUCGAGCAAGUCCAAAAUUCCCCGAAAAGCUGCCCCCAAGGAAAUUGUGCGCAACAAAGAGGCUGUGGAUCUCAGAGAGCGCGAAAUCCAUCGACAAGAGGAGCAGGAAGCCCGAAGACUUCGACUUCGCGCAAAUUUGGGAGCCAAUGGCCAGCUUUCCUCCGACAAAUCCCGAUUGAUCAUAAACGAGAGUAAGCAAGACGACCAGUCAUUCAUUUAUAUUAAUGACCACAUUGGGAUGAGAAUCAAAGAUCAUCAAAUAGACGGCGUUCGAUUUCUAUGGAAUCAAAUCAUGCAGGAUCCUGAACUUCGCCAAGGAUGCCUCUUGUCACACAGUAUGGGCCUCGGAAAGACAAUGCAAGUCAUAACUCUACUCGUGGCGAUUCAAGAAUCGAGCAAGUCCUCCGAUCAGACUAUAGUCUCGCAAAUUCCGAAAGAUCUUCGUCAGUCAAAGACUCUGGUUGCAUGCCCAUCCGGACUGGUAAAUAACUGGAUGGACGAGAUUUUGAUUUGGGACCAAGAUCGAAUUUUGGGGGAACUUUAUGUGGUUGAUUCGGGGUACACUAUCGAAGAACGCGUUGGUGCCGUACGAAAGUGGUCCCAGACUGGCGGUGUUUUCGUCAUCGGAUAUCCAAUGUUGCGACAAAUGGCUGGGUUGGACGAAGAAGGAUCUCUUCAGUCCAUGUUUGACGAGCCAAACAUUGUCGUUGCUGAUGAAGCUCACAUGCUGAAGAAUCCUACCUCGAAGCUUCACUUGGUUUGCUCUCGCUUUCAGGCAAGCAGUCGAAUCGCCAUGACCGGGUCACCAUUGGCCAACAAUAUUGAAGAAUAUUACUUCAUGAUCAACUGGGUAGCGCCAAAUUUCCUCGGUCCCGUGUCAGAGUUCCGUGAAAUCUAUUCGAUUCCUAUCCAACAUGGCGUGGAGCCAGGAAGUUCGGGCGUCGAUAAACGUAAAGCACUGAAAAAGCUUGCGGCCCUGAAACAGAUUGUGGCUCCAAAAGUUCAUCGUGCCACAAUGAUGACCUGCAUGAAAAAGGACUUGCCACAGAAGCAGGAGUUUGUUAUCUGCGUCAAGCCCAAGCCUUUGCAGGUUAAGCUCUAUAAUCUCUUUGCACAAGUCAUCCGUGGGGAGUCAGCAGAUGAUGUACAGGGCGAGAUAGAGUCUCAAGGCGCAAUUUUCCGUCUCAUUAAUGACCUUGGAUUGCUCUGCAAUCACCCUUAUGCAUUGUAUCAAAAAGCGAUCGAGAGCCAGAAUCCACCCAAGACGAAAGAGAAGACAAAGGGAAGCCUUCCUCCCAGCAUCACACCUGCCGUGUUAGCAGAGUUUCGCGGAGUUGAGGCCAGCUGCCCAUCCUUAUCCACAAAAGUUGAGCUUCUCACACGAAUAUUAGAUGAUGCCCAAAGGUCGAAGGACAAAGUGCUGGUGUUCAGUCAUUCGAUACCCACAUUGGACUACUUGUCUAAGCUAUUUCAGGGUCAGAACCGUCGCUUUAGCCGCCUGGAUGGCAAGACUCUUAUAUCGAAACGCCAGGAUGAGAUCAAAAAGUUCAACUCGGACCAAACAGAGUUCUAUCUCAUCUCCACAAGAGCUGGCGGUGUUGGUCUCAACAUCCAUGGCGCUAAUAAAGUGGUGAUCUUUGAUUUUAGAUGGAAUCCAGUGCACGAGCAACAAGCUAUCGGGCGCUCGUAUCGAAUUGGCCAAACCAAGCCCGUCAGCGUAUAUCAUUUUGUCGCCGCAGGAACGUUUGAACAAGACCUUCAUGGGAGGGCGAUUUUCAAGACACAGCUGGCGACUCGUGUUGUUGACAAGAAGAACCCAGUCAGCUGGGGGAAUAGAGCUGUUGAUCUCACGCAUAACGUCAGAGAAAUCAGGAAAGAGAACUUGACACAGUUUCAAGGGAAAGACUCUAUUCUUGACAAAUUAAUUUCGUAUGGUACCGACAACGAUGUUAUUCGCAAAAUUAUGUCCACCGAGACUUUUGAGGAGGAGGACGUUAAGGCUCCGUUGUCGGCGGAGGAGCAAAUGGAGGCUAACGACAUGGCUGCAUUGAACGCACUUCGAAUGACAAAUCCCGAAGAAUAUAGGAGAAGGCAGCAAGAGAUAGAAGACAGGCAAAUUCGACAGCUGGCCUCACAUUUGGUCCAGGGUUCAUCAUUCACGAAGGACAGUGAGAUGGCUCCUGAGGUCAGGCGUACUCUGCAAAGCGCUACUGACAUUUCGCCGAGCUUAGUCUUACGCAACCAAAGUCAGACCGAACCUCAAGUGUUACCAUCAGCAUCACCGGGGCAGAUAAUGGAAAGCGCAGUGCUGCCCUCGUCUACUCAUGCUUCUGGGGGAAGCACGUCAACGCCGGCCCUUGUCCCCAUGCCUGGGGCUUAUACCUACUUUGGAAAGGAUACAACUGAAAUCCCGCAAGAAAACGCACAGCAAGAAGUAGGACAGAGCACUUCCGUGUCUGGAUCACCAAACUCGACCGCAAAACACGCUGUGAACCCCUUCACUUCUCAGAUCAGGAAUCCCGGGAAGGCCGAGCUUAAGCAGAAGUUGUGCAAGAAGCUGGAGACCUUACCUCGUGGAUCUCUUCCCCGUUCGGACACGGCACAAUUAAAAGUUGUAGAAAAAUUAAUCGACUCGAUAGAUACAAUUCGCAGGGACCACAAGUUUGGGUUUCUGCCAGAUAAUCAGCAUUGGCGAGCGCUUGGCAAUUUUGCUGAACAGGACAAAUUUGUUUUUGCCGUCAUGUCUGGGCAACUCGAGGCGUCGUAUCUGGCGCUAACUGAUGCCCGGGAAUUAGAGAAGUAUAUCAGCACGUUGGAUAGCCCAUCAUCAGGAACGUGUACGGGCCAGGGUCAGGUUGAGCCUUAG